AUGGGCUCGCAGGCCCCACCGCCGGGUCCCGUGCAGACCCUUAUCUUCUUGGACCUGGAGGCCACUGGCCUGCCUUCCUCCCGGCCCAAGGUCACGGAGCUGUGCCUGCUAGCCGUCCACAGAUGUGCCCUGGAGAGCCCACCCACCCCUCAGGGGCAGCCUCCCACAGUGCCCUCGCCGCCCCGGGUGGUGGACAAGCUCUCUCUGUGCGUGGCUCCAGGGAAGGCCUGCAGCCCAGAAGCCAGUAAGAUCACGGGCCUCAGCACAGCUGUGCUGGCAGCACAUGGGCGUCAACGCUUCGAUGCCGACCUGGCCAACCUGCUCCAAGCCUUCCUGCAGCGCCAGCCACAGCCCUGGUGCCUCGUGGCGCACAACGGCGACCGCUAUGACUUCCCCUUGCUCCAAGCAGAGCUGGCUUUACUAGGUCUUGCCAGUGUUCUGGACGGUGCCUUCUGUGUGGAUAGCAUUGCUGCCUUGAAGGCCCUGGAGCAGGCCGGCAGCCACUUGGAGCACGGCCCAAGGAAGAGCUACAGCCUGACCAGCAUCUACACACGCCUGUAUGGGCAGGCCCCGCCGGACUCCCACAUGGCUGAGGGGGACGUCCUAGCCCUGCUCAGCAUCUGUCAGUGGAGGCCACAGGCCCUGCUGCGCUGGGUGGAUGCUCACGCCAGACCCUUCAGCACUGUCAAGCCCAUGUAUGGGGUCGUAGCCUCUGCUGGAACCAAACCAGGACCAUCUGCCACCGCAGCCACUGUAUCCCUGACUAGAGCCAGGGACACUAGUCCUAAGCUUGGCAGGGGCAGGAAGCCCAAAGCCCUUCUUCCAAUGGAGGGCCCUGGAGCCUCACCCAGGGAGGGCUUGCUGGCCCCACUGGGCAUGCUGGCCUUCCUGACCUUGGCAAUAGCCACACUGUAUGGGCUGUCCCUGGCCACACCUGGGCAGUAGGCCAAGAAGGAAAGUCUGACUAAUAAAGACGCCCCCGCAGCA